AUGGGCCACCUUCAGGGCAAGAAAGGCACGAUCUCUCCAAGCCAGGUUCACUCAUUCCUAAUCACCAACCUCGCUUUGGGUGACCUGUGCAUGGGCAUCUAUCUCCUGAUCAUAGCCGCCGUUGACGUCAACUACCGAGGCGUCUACUUCAUCUACGACGCCCUCUGGAGGACCUCGUCUCUGUGUCAGCUGGCGGGGUUCCUCUCGACCUUCUCCAGCGAGUUGUCGGUUUUUACUCUGACAGAAAAUCGAGUCUUGGAAUUUACCCCAAAACUGAUACGGGAAAUUGCUGUCUACUUUCAUACCAAAGUUUUGUGUGUAUUUCCUUUGAAUAAGCGACUGGUUGAAAGAGGGACUUCAAAGAGAUAUUUUGUUAGGAGUCAUCACUCUGGAAAGGUUCGUUGUCAUCAUCUUCCCUUUUCGCGUGAGUCGUCUGAACAUGAACUGGACGAGGAUCAUAAUGGGCGUGGUGUGGGCAUCUGUGGGCGUGCUGGCUGCUCUACCGCUCUCCAACAUUCAUUAUUUCAGGAACUUCUACGGGAGGUCGGGUGUCUGCCUCGCCCUUCACAUCACACACGAGAAGCCGAGUGGUGGCAGUACUCUGUGUUCGUCUUCCUUGCGCUGAACCUGAUCUCCUUUUCGGUCAUCGCCGCCUCCUACUGGGGCAUGUACCGGGCCGCUCGCACCACCAGCGCCGCCGUCAUCAGGAGCGACCAGCAGAGGCGAGACUCCAACAUGGCCAAGAAAAUGACCCUUAUUGUGGUCACGGACGCCGCCUGCUGGUUGCCUAUCAUCCUCCUGGGCUUCGUGUCUCUGGCUGGAGGUCGGAUACCCCCUCAGGUGUUCGCGUGGGUGGCCGUGUUCGUCCUGCCUCUCAACGCCGCCGUCAACCCCCUGCUGUACACCCUGUCGACGGCUCCCUUCCUCGGCAAAGCUCGGGAGAGGGGUGUUGGACGUGCGACACUCCUUCAAGAGGUCGAUCAUUCGGCAUACCCUGUCACCACUACGGUAAUACCAAUCAAUUCCACCAACAUCAACCACCAGCAGGUUACAACAACAUUCAUCGCCAACAUUCAGCAAUGUCUACCACCAACAACCAACCAACAAUUUCCACCAAACAACAGCAAUGUCUACCACCAACACUUUCUACUAACAACAAUUUCCACAACAACAGCAAUGUCUACCACCAACACUUUUCUACUAACAACAAUUUCCACCAACAACAGCAAUGUCUCCUACUAA